AAAAAAAAAAAAAAUUCUUUUUUACGCCACUUUGUGCUACCUUGAUGGCAACAUAGCAACGUCGGUUGCCGGGCAACGCGGCAUUUCCGGUCGCGCGGUCAGUUUCAACUUGUCACAAAUGAGCUGAUAGCAAACAGUGGAGCCGCGAUGACCGGCCAGCCUCGCCGAGUUCCGGUGACGGACCCCGGCGUGGUGGCGGCGGCUCAUUUCGCCGUGUCAGAAUUCAACAGAGUCAACCCGGAGGAGCACUUUUUCUACCGAAUUUUCAAUAUAACGUCGGCCAAAGUUCAGGUGGUGGUUGGUUUGAAGUACUUCCUGGAUGUGGAGCUGGUCCGCACGGUGGUCUGCACAAACAUGCCCCAAACUUGUCCUUACCACUUUUCAAUCAAGGGGCUUCAGUGCAACUUCAUUGUUACAGAAAUCCCCUGGCAGGGUUCUUACGUGCUUUCUCAAACCAAGUGUCAACCUCGAACGUCUUGAUUACUGCUUUUUAAAGUAAAGGAGUCUGGAAUAAUAUAAUGCCUAUAUGAGCAGUACUUAACUAAAAGUCUAAAAAUCUGAGUAGAAUAAAAAAGGUGAAUUAAAAUGUAUACCAUUUUUUAAUUCUU